AUGCUUCGGCUGUCUCGAUGCUGCCGAGCCUUCUCCUCAUCGGUCGCUGGCGGUCUUUUCGUUGUUAAAGGAGAACUAACUCAGCUCCCUAUCGGCACAAUUCCAUCCGUAGGUUUAGAAGCACAGUUAACGCACGCCUUUUCCUGCAAGGACACUAGUGCCUUCGCUCAGCUUUCAGGUGACGACAACCCGUUGCACGUCAGUGCCGAAUUUUCUUCUCGAAAUUGGACAGACAAAAAGCCUAUUGUACAGGGUUUACUAUCCGCCAGCCUCUUUGCUACGAUCGUUGGACGCACUAUGCCAGGUGCUCUAUACGUCAAGCAAACUCUGCGUUGGAGGUCGCCGCUCAUGAUCGACGAAUCAGUGACGGCCCGUGUCCGAGUGCUAAAGGUUCGCAAGCGCUUCGUCAAGUGUGAUGCUGUAUGCACCAAAACGAGCGACGGCAUUGUCGUUGUCGAAGGCCAAGCUAUACUAAAGCUGCCGCCUAUAUCUGUCUAA